AUGGCAACACAUGUUGUCCCAACUGCAAUUGUUGUUGAAGUUCUAAGAGAUGACAACUACAAGAAUUGGAGAGCCUGCAUGAAAAGCUACUUGAUGGCUCAAGGUCUCUGGGAUAUCAUAGAACCACCACCUGUUGAACCUCAAGAAGUGGCCUUAUUAGUCCAGCUUAAUCGUAAUUUGGCCCAAAGAAAUGCUGCAGCUUUACAUGCAAUUCAGAUUUCAUGUGCUCCACAUAUACUUUCCAAGAUACGGAACCAAAAAUUAGCCAAAGAAGCUUGGGAAUUCUUGGAGGGUUUGCUCAGAUCACAAAGAGUAUACUUAGAAGAGAAUCCAGGUAAUUCACACCAUCUUAAAACCUCGAGUUCUCCAGGAAGAACUUAA